UAAGUUACCAUCCUGCUGCAGCCUUCUCCAGUUCCAUUUUUUGCCAACAACACAGAAGAUCUGAUCCUCAUGCAGCAGACCGUCCACAUACAACAGAAACAUGGAUAAGGGAUUAAAACAUGAAAAGAAGUCUCAAGUGUUGAAGACUGAGCAAGAGGAGCGUCCUUCUCCGAGACACUCUGUGGAGUCCGACACAGAGAGCUUGGCACAUGAGAAAGCUUACCAGCAGCAACUACAAAUGGAUAUUGGCCACCAUGACCGAAACAAAAACACACUGCCUCACAAAAAGAAUGCUGACGGCUUACAGCACAGAGAUGAAGAUGCAUGCAAUGAUGAUGACACAGAGGAUCAUCAGGUUUAUGAUAGCCUUGAUGCAGCAGUAGACCCCCGUGCCAAACGGACCCCGACCCUGUUACAGACUGAAUAUUUGGACACACAAAUGGAUAAAAGAGAAGGAACAAGCCAGCUGCUCAGUGACGAUGCCUAUUCUGACCUCCGCUAUGACCCCAACUGGAGGACCAACCUAGGGGGAGCUGGCCGCUUUAACACGAGUCCGCACAUUUCUGUUGAGGAUUAUUACCAAGUCCCUAAAGAGAAACCUGGUCAGUCAUGGGGUGACGGACAAGGACCCGUAAUAAAAGGAGGAUACAGAUACAUCGUCGACACAAGUCCAGCUGUUGUGGUGACCCCUGAUAUGGCUGCCAGUGGGUCUGACUGGCCGUACCACCUCUACCCAGAAGAUGUUCAGACCAGCUCAGUAACAUCCCCUAAUGGUCACAACCAUGGGUCACAACUUCAAUCGCCAGAGGCUGACCAUUCAAAGCCAUCCUGCAGUAUCACUACAAAUGAAAGGGACGAAAGUUUACUGAGAGGAUUCCGAGAGAAGUGUGGGAAUAGCUGCGACAACGCUGGGGAAAAUGUUAGCAGGUCUCCGGAGCUGACCAAGGAUAUUCAUGCUAUGUACAUCCAAGAAUUUAAGACCAUCUUUCUGCGAGAACUGAGACGCACACAAGGGGGACCCACUCAAAGACAGCAAACGAGCACGUCUCCCAAAGUUCCAUUCAACAAAAAGCUAGAAAGACUGUCAGAGGACAUGGUGGAACGCAACAAAAUGACCCUGGGACGCAACACGUCCAAAUGUGGCUCCUACGCAAGUGUGCAUGUACGGAAGCAGGAGAUGCCUCAUAAUAUCAAUAAGGUCACCCAGAUCAGCGGAAGGAAGAAAGCCCAGCGGAAGGAAUACCCCAACCCCCCUCAACCGCAGCAGCAGCCCCUUUCCUCGGGGUUCAAAGCUGAGUCGGCAGACUGUCUGAGCUCCCCAUUGGCCGGACCAGCUGCCGUAACUCAGCCAAACCCCCAGAUGACGACUCCAUCGCAGCCUUUGCUCCCCACCAUCAACCUCAACCUCAACAUCAACACUUCUUCCCAUUUCCUUCCGUUAAUCCAGAGGGGCCAGGAUGACAUCAUCAAUUUAGCAUCUCUUCAUGGUUGUCCACAUUGGAGCCCGACAUCUGAAGAUAAACUUGCCUUGUCCGCUGGAUGUCAACAAACAAAUCCAGAAAUGUCCUCCCAGAUGUCUUGGAGAGGGGUAAAAGCACAUCUGCGCCACCAAAACCUUGAUGGUUGCCCCGGUCAACGGCAAAGGACAACGGCUUUAAAGUGGCCAUUAACCUGUGAAGGGGAGGACCAGAAGCAAGUUCCCCAAAACCUUCCCAGUACACCCACCUCCACUUCCUCACUGGGCUCUGGAUCCUACCCAGUUCUGCCAGCUAUAGAAAAAUCAAUGACAGGAAAAGAGCCUGAGCUGAGCCCCGGUGUGAACACAGCCUAUCCCGUUUAUAGAAGCAGCUCCAAUGGCUACCUGGUUCAGAUGGAGAAAAAGAAGCAACUGAGGACGAGAGUCACUUACAAGGCAUACAGUCUUAAAGACUACAAACAGCUGAAAUCAGAUAUAAACCUGCAAGGCCUAGGUCCUGACUACACAGCCGUUGAAGAGACUGCUGAGAAACUGAAACGACAGAAGCUGUAUUCAAAUGUAAUCCGCGAGCAGAACAAAAAGAUAAGUAGGAUUCCCUUUCUACUGGCCAAGGACCCGGAAGCCAAUGACAAGAAAGAUCCCAGGAUGAAGGCCUUGGAGUAUGCCAAGACCAUAGCCAAACCCCCUGUACAGCCUCAACCAAAACUGAGACAGAAACACCGGUCCGAAGGCUUCACUGAGAACGCUUCUUACAUGGAUGUCUCCCAGCUGGCCACACUGGAAGUCCUUAGAAAACGGCAUGAAGAAGAAAGGCAGGCUGUGGCACUCUUCAGAAAAGAACAUGCUGUCUGAGGCAAGAUGGGAUCAAUGGAUCCCACGCUCUCAUAUAUAUUCUUAUUACAAGAUGUAGGACACAACAUGCUGCCUCGUUAAACUUGUUAGGCCGACUAUCACAUCAACAUUAUUUAACACAUACAUUUUCACUCGCACAUUUUUUCAAAUAAUAAUUACGGAAAGCUAGGUAAUAAAGAUGAUCUCUGAGAAGACUGGCAGCCUCAGCCAGCAUCUCUGUCGCUUUUAACAUUGUGUGUCACCAGGAGAGACAAGAAAUGUAUUAGAUGACUGAUUUUUAGUUUUUGUUGUAACCAUAGAUGCCAGAGAAGAGGUUUACAAUGGUCAUUUCAGUUUUGUGCUAAUCUUGGUAGUUACUGGAGUCACCGAGACCGAUUACAAAAGAGGAAUUAACUUCUGAGACCCUAAAUUCUUGAUGUGUACUUUAAAAAAGAAAUUAGCAGUUUUUUUUAUGGAC